CCAAAAUGGCGGAAGACAAGGCGCUGGAGGAGCAGAGGAUUGCUGAAGAAGAGAGCGGCCCGCUGAUCAAGAAGGCGGUGCUGGGUAAGAAGAAGGAAGACGGCGAUGGCGUUGUUAAGAGGCCAGUCAUUGGUAUGAAGAGCAAGUUCAAGCGGAGGUGAUGCCUCGUUCUGGAUAGCUUUGGGUAGCUUGCUGAACCC